AUGCAGCUCCUUGCUCAGCAAUCACCUUCUGCAAGGAAUGUGCGCGCUGUUAGGAGAGCGUUCCUCAAUGUUGCGACCAUGCGCCACCUGCGACUAGGUGCUGGAGAUCACGUACUGAUUCGGAGCAAGGGAAACUCGAACUCCACGCAGUUGCAACAAGAGGACUCACCUGGGUCGGUUGCGAUCGUAUGGCCUUCAUUCACAGUAUCAGAGAACCAUAUCCAGCUGAGUAGCGUGUCGCGAUUAAAUGCCAACGUCGCAGUCGGAGACCCUGUCGAGAUCAGCCUGCUGGAUACUGCGAUCCACGAGGCCUCUCAAGUAUCUUUGGCAGCUCUUCAUCCUAUACCGUUCGUGUCCAAUCUCAUGUUUACACUAUUUACAAAGGAGAUCAUGACCGAGAUCAGAUUUGUUUUGAAGGAUAACUACGUCGAGUUUCCGUACAACGGCAAGCCGCAAAGGUUCAAGGUAGCAAGCAUUGUGCUCGAGCGCAAGGGGCAGGAGCGUGGAUUCGUUUUUGCCAUUGGUCAGGACACGAUUGUCAAAGUGCUGCCUUUCACACCAUCACAGUCAGCACUGCAUAAAGAGAUUCUCGGCGAGGCAGCUGUAAAAGAGGUGAACAACCUACAGAGCUCCACUCAGACUUUGCAGGACGCUCGCCCAUAUGAACAAAUUGGUGGGCUUGCAGCCCAAAUUAAGGCUGUACGCGAGAUGGUUGAAAUACCUUUGCACAACCCACAAGUAUUCACACAGUUCGGCCUUAGACUUCCUAAAGGCGUCCUGCUUUAUGGUCCUCCGGGAACAGGAAAGACAUUGAUCGCGAGAACUGUGGCUGCUGCCACAGGAGCAUUCUUGACAGUCAUUAAUGGACCGGAGAUUAUUAGCAAAUUUUAUGGAGAAACAGAGGCCAAGUUGAGAGCCAUUUUUGAGUUGGCAGCUGAUAAUUCGCCUUCAAUCAUCUUUAUCGACGAGAUCGAUGCACUCUGUCCCAAACGCGACGAGGCUGCGAGUGAGAUGGAAAAACGUGUCGUAGCAACACUUCUGACUUUGAUGGAUGGAGCCUCGGAAAAGAAGAUCCUAUUUACCACCAGUAAGUUUAUUUCGCCCGACUCUGAUACCGCACCGGCUACCGUGCCACGGGUCGUUGUCAUGGGUGCGACCAACCGCCCUAACGCGCUUGAUGAAGCCCUGCGUCGGCCAGGUCGAUUCGACCGAGAGAUCGAAAUUGGCAUCCCUGACGCGAACGCUAGGGCAGAGAUUUUGACAGCCCUAUUAAAAAAGAUACCUAAUGCACUCACAUCGGCAGAGGUCGACCACCUUGCAUCCAUAUCGCAUGGGUACGUUGGCGCUGAUCUUGCAGCAGUCUGCAGAGAGGCUGGACUAAAGACCAUCAACAGGGUCAUGGGAAAGCAUCGAACGACAGAGGCGGACAACAACAUGGUCGAGACCCAAACGAAUGAUCUCCAGCAGCAAUUUGAAGCCCUGACUGUCUCUGAGGAUAGCAGACCAUCACCCACCAGUGUAUCUUUAGUUAGUCAGCAAGAGCAGGAUGAUUUGAAGGUUUCUGCAAAGGAUAUGAGGUUGGCCAUGACGGAUGUAAAACCUAGUGCGAUGCGGGAGAUCAUGAUCGAGGUGCCAAAGGUUUUAUGGAGUGACAUCGGAGGGCAGACAGAUAUCAAGCAGAAGUUGAAAGAGUCAGUCGAGUGGCCUUUGCAACAUCCGGAUGCCUUUAUUCGCAUGGGUAUCCGACCGCCAAAGGGUAUCUUGCUUUAUGGACCACCAGGGUGUAGCAAGACAUUGAUGGCGAAAGCCUUGGCAACACAAGCAGGACUGAAUUUCAUUGCCGUGAAAGGCCCUGAAUUGUUUAGCAAAUGGGUCGGCGAGUCCGAAAAGGCCGUGCGUGAGGUGUUUCGAAAAGCCAGGGCAGCAUCUCCAUCGAUCGUAUUUUUUGAUGAGAUCGAUGCACUUACUGUCAAGCGCGGAGCUGGAGACGACGGAGGAUCCUCCGUCGCAGAUCGCGUUCUCUCUCAACUGUUGAACGAGUUGGAUGGAAUCGAACCCCUGGUCAAUGUCACUGUAGUCGCUGCAACUAACCGGCCGGAUAUCAUGGAUCCAGCACUGAUGCGUCCAGGGAGAAUCGAUCGUAUCCUGUACGUUUCGCCACCCGAUCUGGCGUCACGCCGAGAGAUUCUGCGGCUUCAGAUUCAUGGCAAGAAGAUGGCCUGCGAUACGGAUGUUGAUAUCGAAGAGUUGGCCGCGAAGACAGAUGGAUGCUCUGGUGCAGAGGUCGUGGCAUUGUGUCAAGAGGCUGCUAUGAAGGCCAUGGAGGAGAGUCUGGAGAUCGAAUAUGUAUCAAAGCGACACUUCAACCAGGCGCUCGCUGAAAUGACGAGAAGGAUUACGCCAGAGAUGAUCCAGUUUUACGAUGACUUUAGAAUGCGUUCUGGGCUGAAGAGUGCAUAA